CUUCGUUGUUAUGUAAAAAGAUAGAAUGACACAAUAAUAGUGCUCCCCGAAUGCACUUUGGGUCUUAAGCGAACAUAACCUAUGAAACGAAGAGAGAAGAACGAGAUCGCGCGAGGAAAUUUAAGUCUGCUUUAAAUCGAAAACAUGGGUGAACGCUACAACAUCCAUAGUCAGUUGGAGCAUCUACAAUCCAAGUACAUCGGUACGGGACAUGCAGACACAACCAAGUUCGAAUGGCUGGUGAAUCAGCACAGGGAUUCCUGUAGUUCAUAUAUGGGCCACUACGAUUUGCUAAAUUUCUUUGCGAUUGCUGAGAACGAAGCCAAGGCACGAGUUAGAUUCAAUCUUAUGGAGAAAAUGCUGCAACCCUGUGGACCACCGCCCGAAAAGCCGGAAGAUUAAAUUGCGCGUUCUUGAACAUUUUUCUUGUGUAAUAAAAACUUUUAAUUCCCGAAAGUAGAAAUAAUAUAAACUUUUUGUUUUUUUAUCAGAUGUUUCAAGAAAAAUUAAUAAACUUAAGUGGAUUUUGUUAGUAUUUGUGACUAUAUUAUAAUUUUAUUUUGCAUAAUCGCUAUAUAACCUUAAUUGUGCUUACGUUCAUGAAGAUCUAUAUGUAUAGAACACGUGUUUUUUGCAAUCUUGCAUUAUUAAAGAAAUUAUCUUAUAACGA